GGUAAGGACAUCCUGAGAGAGACCAUCAAGUUCAUGUACACGGACUGGGCCGACCGCGACAACGGGGACAUGCGCCGGAAGACCCUGCUGGCGCUAUUCACCGACCACCAGUGGGUGGCGCCGGCGGUGGCCACGGCCAAGCUGCACGCCGAGUUCCAGUCGCCCGUCUACUUCUACACCUUCUACCACCACUGCCAGACGGAGACGCGGCCCGAGUGGGCGGACGCGGCGCACGGCGACGAGAUCCCCUACGUGUUCGGCGUGCCGAUGAUCGGAGCCACCGACCUGUUCCCCUGCAACUUCUCCAAGAACGACGUGAUGCUCAGCGCCGUGGUGAUGACCUACUGGACCAACUUCGCCAAGACCGGGGAUCCCAACCUGCCGGUCCCCCAGGACACCAAGUUCAUCCACACCAAGCCCAACCGCUUCGAGGAGGUCAUCUGGACCAAGUUCAACUCCAAGGACAAGCAGUACCUCCACAUCGGCCUGAAGCCUCGCGUCAAGGACAACUACCGGGCCAACAAGGUGGCCUUCUGGCUGGAGCUGGUGCCCCACCUCCACAGCCUCCACGAGGAGUUCAUCAGCUCCACCACCACCCGCCUGCCCCCAGGCCCUGGCCAGGGCCCCGCUCACGGCACCGCCCGCCCCGGCCCCCGCCCCACCCGCCGGCCCUAUCCCACCUACCCCUCCGACCCGGACCCCGAGGACUCGGAGGGCCCGCUGAACCCCUUGUUUCCGGGCGACAUGCGCGACUACUCCACGGAGCUGAGCGUGACGGUGGCGGUGGGCGCCUCGCUCCUCUUCCUCAACAUCCUGGCCUUCGCCGCCCUCUACUACAAGCGGGACAAGCGCCACGAGAUGCGACGCCACCGCCUCUCGCCUCAGCGGGGCGGGCCAGCCAACGACCUGGCCCACAGCCAGGAGGAGGAGAUCAUGUCGCUGCAGAUGAAGCACUCGGAGCACGACGCCCACCACGACAUGGAGCCCCUUCGGCCUCACGACAUCCUGCGGCCCGCCUGCCCGCCCGACUACACGCUGGCGCUGCGCCGGGCGCCCGACGACGUGCCGCUCAUGACCCCCAACACCAUCACCAUGAUCCCCAGCACCAUCACCGGCAUGCAGCCCCUGCAGGCCUUCAACACCUACCCCUCCACCGGCCACAACAACACCCUGCCUCACCCUCACUCCACCACCCGCGUAUAGUAGACAGGAGAGA